UUAAAUUUUAAUCAGGGUGAAUUUAGAUCAGGCGGAGAUGUGGGCAGCCCGAAGCUCUGAUGCGGAUGCAUUGACAGAUCAAUAUGGCGGCUCCCGGUAGUAAGUCGGUGUUGUUCGUGUGCUUGGGCAAUAUAUGCAGAUCCCCUAUUGCUGAGGCUGUUUUCCAGAAAUUGGUUACAGACAAUGGAGUGGCAGACAAGUGGAGAAUAGACAGCGCGGCCACGUCCACCUAUGAAAUCGGAAAUCCACCUGAUGACCGUGGCCUGGCCUGCAUGAAGAGACAUGGCGUGUCUAUGAGGCAUGUGGCGCGGCAGAUCACCAAAGAUGACUUUAUGAAGUUCGAUCACAUCCUCUGCAUGGACGAAAACAACUUGAGAGAUCUGAAUAAGAAGGCUAGCAGCGUGAAUAAAUGUAAAGCCAAGAUUGAGCUGCUCGGCAGCUACGACCCUGAAAAACAGCUGAUAAUUCAAGACCCGUACUAUGGAAGUGCUAAAGACUUCGAGACGGUGUAUGAACAGUGUGUGAGAUGCUGUAAAGCUUUCCUGGAGCAGCACUCAUAACACGCACGUGACAUCUUUCACUUCAUUCAUGAAAUACUAGCUGUCCUUUAUUGUCUCACAAAUGCAAGCAAACAUCCACAGUAUUUCUGUUAUAAGAACACGAAAACACUAGCAAUCUUGUUUUAAAUGUAAAAUAGGUUGUUGUAAUGUCAUUAAGUGUUUAAGUGCUUGUAAACAGAUUGACCAUAACCUCUUUUAAACGGAGGAGAGAAAAGUUUUCCAAAAUAAACCAGCUGAAAUGCUGAAUUCAGUUUAA